AUGGACCCCAUCGCCAAGCUCAAGGCCAAGUUCACGCCGCCGACAAUGCUCCGGCGGCCUGCAGCCAGCAACGGAGCCAGCCGGCGGCCGCACGAUGCGAGCAUCGAGUCUCCUUCCAAGCGCCCGCGACUGCUGUCGACCCCGACGGCAUCGACGCUGCAGGAAGCCCGCCUCGAAGAUGCCGGCCCAUCGCAACCACCGGCCCACGCGAUCCUCUCCAGCCGCGCACCGCGCCGCACGCCCAGUGCCGACGUCUUGAGAAUUCCGAGCGCGGCGGGCUUGCAAGGGCAAGUCUAUCCAGCAGCGGCUUCAAGCGAGUCGUCCGACGGUCCCUUCUACCUCUGUACGUGGAGGAAGCCGCAGUUCAAGAAGCACAAGACCUGGGACGGCGAUGCGGUGCUGAUUGUCAAGGAGGGUGGAAAGCAUUGCGCUUUGAGAUGCACAGAGACGGGCAAGGACCUCUGCACCCGAGCAGCCUUCAACCAUGGGCAGCUCGACUCCGGAGACCAGCUGACCGUCGGCGGCAAGGAGAUCGAGAUCGACCGCGAGAUAUCGAGACCAGAGUUCCUCAGAGGCUCGUCCGCCGCGGUCCCUGCCCCGGCCCCGGCACCAGUCCCGGCGCCUCAGCAAGGCGGCGCUCGCGCCUCAAGGCCCUUCAAGAACGUCACGAGGAUCAACAGCGGCGUCGCGACCCCGGUCAAGAUCGAAAAGAAUCCCGUCGACAUCGAGCACAUCGGCCCGGCAGAAGCCAGCACAUUCUAUGCAAAACCAGCAAGCAAGGCCCCAGACAGGCGAAGCCCCGUCAGGUUCAGCGGCCUGUUGAAUCCAGGUCAAGGCAAGAUCCCGCACGCAAGGUUCGACCCUGAUGCCGAGGGGGCCAUCGUGAUGAAGCGGCCGGACGAGGCCCACCAGAAGCGGUUCAACAAAGAGAAACGACCGAUCGUCGACGUCGUCGUCGAUCCGCAGCUGGCCAAGGCCCUGCGGCCGCACCAGGUCGAAGGCGUCAAGUUCAUGUACGAGCGGGUGAUGGGCAUGCACGCCAACGGCGAAAAGGGCCAAGGCGUGAUUUUGGCAGACGAGAUGGGCCUGGGCAAGACGCUGCAGACCAUCGCACUAAUCCUCACUCUGAUGAAGCAGAACUGCUACUACACGUCGGCCUCGUGCACGAUCGAGCGCGCCCUGAUCGCGUGCCCGCUCUCGCUCGUCAAGAACUGGAAGCGCGAGUUCCGAAAGUGGAUCGGCAACAACGCGCUCAACGUCCUGUGCAUCGACGACGGCCGCGGCAAGGAGGACGUGGAGCGCUUUGUCCGCUCCAAGGCGUACCAGGUGCUCGUGAUUGGCUACGAAAAGCUCCGCACCUGUGUCGGAACGCUCAAGGAGGCGCAGCCGCCCAUCGGGCUGGUCGUCUGCGACGAGGGCCACCGGCUCAAGUCGCGCGACGCCAAGACGACCAAGAUGUUCCAGGAGCUCAGCACGCCGCGCAAGAUCAUCCUGUCGGGCACCCCGAUCCAGAACGACCUGUCGGAGCUGUACGCCAUGAUCGACUUUGUGGUUCCCGACUUUUUCGAAGACUACACGCUGUUCAAGCGGAUCUUUGAGGAUCCGAUCAUCAAGUCGCGGGCGCCGCACUGCAGCAAGGAGGUGCGCGAGCUCGGGCAGCUGCGCAGCGACGCGCUCGUCAAGGUGACCAAGGACAUUAUCCUGCGGCGAACGGCCGAGCUCCUCUCGCAGUACCUGCAGCCCAAGCACGAGAUGGUGCUCUUCUGCAGCCCGAGCAAGCUGCAGCUCGACAUCUACCGAUCCAUCCUCGCCUCGAGCGCGGUCCGUUCCGUGCUCCAGGGCGAGGCCGGCAACGCCCUGGUGCAGAUCGGCAUCCUGCGCAAGCUCUGCAACACGCCCGAGCUGCUGCUCAAGGACCUCGAGAGCACGAGCGACUCGACGACCAAGGCGCUCCUCGGCGACGUCUUGCGACACUUUCCCGACCACCGCCGCCGCUACGACGCGUCCUACAGCGGCAAGCUGACGUGCGCCGUCGACCUGCUCCAGACCAUCCGGGCGCAGACCGACGACCGCGUCGUGUUCGUGUCCAACUUUACCAGCACCCUCGACAUCAUGGAGGGCGUGCUGCGGAAGCUCCGGCUCAAAUUUGUCCGCCUCGACGGGCAGACGCCGCAGGACGAGCGGAUGAACCUCGUCUCCAAUUUCAACCGCGCCGAUAGCUCCACCUUCUGCUUCCUCCUCUCGGCAAAGAGCGGUGGCGUCGGCCUCAAUCUGAUCGGGGCCAACCGCCUCAUCCUGUUCGACAGCGACUGGAACCCGUCGACCGACCAGCAGGCCAUGGCGCGCAUCCAUCGCGAUGGGCAGAAGAAGCCGUGCUACAUCUACCGGCUGCUGCUGUCGGGCACCAUGGACGAGAAGAUCUACCAGCGGCAGCUGUCGAAGCUGGCGCUCUCGGACACGCUCAUGAACGCCGGCAGCGCCGGCUCUAGCAAGAGGUCCUCGGACGCGUUUUCGCGCGAGGAGCUGCUGGACAUCUUCACGCUGCACACCAACACCACCUGCCUCUGCCACAAGCAGCUGGUGUGCGGCUGCGACGGCCGCGGGUCUGGGAGCGGGAAGGCCGCCCGCAAAGCCACGGAGGCGGGAUCCAGCAGCGGUACCGACGUCGAUGCCAACGCAACAGAAGGCGACAGCGAUGAUGAUGACGACGACGACGACGACGAUGACCAGCCGCUUCCGGGCUUCGUUGCAGCUUCGCAGCACGUCGUCAACACCGCCAACGCCGCCAACAACGACCGCCGCGCCAAGCUGGCGGCCCUCCAUGACUGGGCGCACUUCGACUGCUACCAGCAGCCGGACGCCUUCGAGCUCGACGCCAUCGUGGCCCGCCUGCUGCAGGGCUACGAGCCCGUCGCGCCGGUCUCGAAGGCUCGAGCCGACCACUCCGGCAAAGCAUCGACGACGGAGGCGCCGCGCAUCAAGCAAGAGCCGGGCGCGGCUGCGAGCGUGUCGAGCGGGCGCGAUCAUGGCCGUCCGAGCCUCUUGGAGCAGCUGGACGAUCCGAACUUUGCCAAGCAGUGGCGAGCGACGUCCGACGCCGACAGAGUACCCCAGGGGUUGGGCGAGGAAGCACAAACAGCGGUGGACCAGUGGGGCGACGACGACGACCGAGCCGCCGACUUUGACAUUGAGGCGACGAGCGCGGGUCGGAUCCUCUUUGCGUUUGCCAAGUCGUCCAAGGCGCUGAGCACGGAUGUGCCGCUGGCGGCGUUGGGCGACGACGUGGCAGCCUCGGCUGGACCGGUAUCCUAG